AUGGUACGGAAACAGAAGAACACCGCACCUCUCGGUCUUGAGGAUGCUUCCAUCGCGCCGUCGACCUUCAAUGACGGGCUACCGCUGCCAAAAUUAAUUGUCUUCGAUCUCGACUACACAUUAUGGCCUUUCUGGGUGGACACCCAUGUCAGCGCGCCGGUGAAGCCAAAGGACAACAAUUCACGAUGCAUAGAUAAAUGGGGCGAAUCGUUUGCAUUUUACCCCGCCGUUUCCUCCAUCCUUUACUCCGCUCGCUCCCUCAAUAUUCCUCUCGGAAUAGCCUCACGAACACACGCACCGGAACUCGCACGCGAUAUGCUCAAGGCACUGCACGUUAUCCCGACCUUCUCUGACAACCCAGCGGCGCGGGAUACACGACGCUCGAUCCGUGCGCUCGACUAUUUCGACUACGUCCAGAUAUUCCCUGCAACCAAAACACAGCAUUUUACCCGUAUAAAUCAAGCCAGCUCUAUACCAUACGAAGAUAUGUUAUUUUUUGAUGAUGAGGCGCGGAACCGAAACGUGCAGACGGAAUUGGGGGUCACAUUUUGUUUGAUCAGAGAUGGUAUGACCAAGGAAGAAGUUGACAGAGGUGUCUGGGAGUGGAGGAGAAAAUUUGGCAUUAAGCCAGGUGACCAGCCUCCAUUUUCCUUGGAAGAUAGAGAAAUUAGUCGGUUCGAUGAAUAG